AUGCCUCUAUUUGGACGAAGAUUAUUUCAUCUUAAUAAUAAUAAUGAUGAUAAUAAUAAUUUAAAACAAGAUAAUGAAGAAAUUUAUACAAUUGAACAUACAGGUGAAACAUUUCAUAAACGUGAUUUAUAUGAAAAAUUAAAAAAAGCAUAUGAUUUGGAACGAUGGACAUGUGAAUGUACAUGGAGAGCGAGUUUAACACAUAAAGAAGCAUAUCAAUCAGAAAUUGAAACAAGAAAAUCAUUAUCAUCAAUAGUACCAAGUUAUUUUUAUAAACCUAUUUUUGAUAUUAUAUAUCAUAAUGUAAAACCAUUAGAAAAAUUAGCUGAAGAAGUAUCAAUUAUACUUGGUCAAAGUUUUGUUAUUGGUGAAACAAUUCAAUUUAAAAAGAAAAAAGAUAAUACAACUGUCAAAGGUAUUGUUGAACGAAUUGAAGAUAAUGAUGAUCCAAAAAAACGAACCUCAGAACGUGCAUCUGUUCAAGCAAAACCACUUUCAGAUAAACAAAUGAAAAAUGUUAAAUAUUCAAUUCAAUUAUUAGAUGAAGAUCGUAUAGUUAACAAUGUUGUACCAAGUGAAUUACAACGAUGUAAUUUUAUACCUAAUCGUGAAAAAUUAAAAACAUUUAUACGUUCAUAUGCUAUAAGACUUGGUAAUCGAUCAGAUAGUCCAUGGAUAUUUUAUGAUGAUUCAAUAAAAAAUAAAUAUGAUAUAAAAGAUUGUUUACCAUUGGAAACAAUUGAAAAAUUUAAAAAAUCUUUAACAAUUACACUUGAUGAAAUUCUUCGUGAACAAGAAAGAAUUGCACGUAAAUUAGCUGAAGAACAAGCUGCUGCUCUCGAAGAAAAAAUUAAAUCAAUGGAAAUUAAUAAUAAUACUUCUAUUCCCAAUGGUAAUUUUGAUGAUUGUCAAAUAAUAUUAUCCGAUGAUGAAGUUAAAACAAAAAUGUCCAAUGAAAUAAAGAUUAAAGAAAUUAAAUCAAUUCCAUCAACAUCUAAAAGUCCUUCUCAACGACCAUCAACAACAAAAAAAUCUCAUAAUUCAAUUAAACAAAAUAAAUCUCCAACAAAACCUAAAAAACAAUUAACAUUAGAUGAUAUGAAAUUUACAAAAAAUUCAACAAAUCAUAAUGAAUUAUUAGAAAAAUCAUCUGUAACAACAUAUGAUAUUGUUAUUCCACAUUCUUUAUUACAAAAAUUAGAUAAAACACGUCGUGAUCGUGGUAUAGAUUCAAG